CCGGGACGGUUUACGACACGAAUCAUUUCACAGGUAGUAAAAGAAACAUGGUGUCAGCAUUACAGUUCUGUGAUCCACUUCCUUGAUCCUAUGAACAACAAACUAGGUGUGAAAACUCACUGGAAAACUGAGGAGGAAAAAACGGUCUGCACCAAUACAGUAAGAUAUUCGCGUUAAAGCCUAUGUUGCAGCCCUAAAUCAGCAUUAAAGAACAAUAUGGAGAAGAAACACCAAGAAGUUCUCAGACGACUUAGAGAGUAUUUAUGUGACAACGUGGAUCCUAAGUACUUGAUGAAUUAUCUUAUACAGGAAUACAUUAUGACUGAAGAUAUGCAGGAAAAUAUACUGGCAAAAAAAACACGGCUUAUGCGCAUGACACAUUUCCUUAAUGACAUACCAACUCUUGGACCUAAAGCCUUUGAUGCAUUCAGGGAGUCCUUGAAGGCCAGCUAUCCGCAUGUUGUCGAAGAAAUCGACAAAACACUGGAUGAGCUCAAACAGCAGCAAGCACAGCCUAGUAACCCACCAGCUAACCCUGGGACAGGGGGUGAGAGAGGACCUUUACAGGAAGUGGGAGAUGACGAAGGUGAGAGAGGACCCAUGGUGCCUGGUAACCUGCAAGCUGACGCUGGGGCAGGGGGUGAGAGAGGACCCAGGCUGCCUAGUGACCCACCAGCUGAUCCUGGGGCAAGGGGUGAGAGAGGACCCAUGCUGCCUUGUAACCAAUCAACCGACCUAGGGACAGGGGGUGAGAGAGGACCCAUGCCAGUAAGUGGCCAGAUGGUUCAAAAGAAAGAUGAGACCCUGUGUAACGUUAAGAAUUGUAUCCUGUUCCUGUUACUGUGUGCUGUAGGGUCCAUAAUGACAUACAAGUAUUAUCAAGUACCAAACGCAGUGGCUCAUAAAGCCAUCUGCAACACAAGUACACCUAACCAGCAAUAUCACGGAGAGUUUGAAAGAGUACAAAACAUACGCGAUCCUACCAUAUACUUCACUGGCCGAAAUGAGACUUUGGCGGAGAUGGAAAAAAAUUACCUUGAUUUCAGAGACCAAUUUACCAAAACGUCCAGGAAGUCGCUUUUAACGGUUAUUUCUGGACCAGAGGGGUGUGGAAAAACCCAGUUAGCUUUGAAGUAUUCAUCACUAAUGAGGAACAAUUAUACUGACAUCAUUUGGAUUUUUGCCAACAAGAAAUCAAAAUUGGACGUUGAAUUGAGGAAGACGGCUUUCGACAUUGGGUUGAAAAAACUUGGCCUGAUGACUGAAGAAGAUAGUUGCAAGGUGCCGGAAGGCGACAAACCGUACUUAAUGGAUAUGAUAGUACCAAAACUAAUGGAUUAUCUUUCCACCGUUGACAACGUGCUCAUCAUAUUUGAUGGAGUGGAUGAAAAACGUAUUCUGACAGACAUAUUUGGGGAGACUAAGACACCAUUUCCACGCGGUUCACACGUUAUCAUUACGUCACGAUACAAAAAUUGGUUCCCUGCAUUUGAUGUGGACAAACAAAUAGAGUUAGGCCGUCUACUGACUUCUUACUGGUCGUCUAUUCUCUUUAUAAAAAUACGAUAUAGAAUUUUUAGCAACAAUGAGGCAUCCAAUAAAUUGCAAAAUAUCCCAGAAAAAGAACAAGAGGCCAUUGAUAAGUUGGUAGGGCCAAAGUUUUUAGCCGGCCAUGCUAUGUCCAUCUCAUUGGUAGCCGCUAACUUGAGGUCUACAAACAGGUCUUCCAACGAGUUCCUGAAUCAAUGGCGGGAAGGAGAUCCAAGCUGGGCAUUAACUGAUCCGGCGGACGACAAAUUUGACGUAAUCGACCGAAUAAAAUUUCCGUUCGCUUCAAGUUUAGAGACAUUAAACAACGCUCAACUGGAACUAAUAGAUCUUGUGUGCUUGCUAUCGCCCAAGUUCGGGGAGAAAUUUCUGUUAAAAAGUGCUUUCAAAUUAAGAUCACCACAUCUUCGUCAAUAUUUAAUCGGUUCUGCAAUCGACUCUUCAGAGGCUCACAUCCAGAGCAACCUGGACGGUCUUUUGAAAAAACCAAUAAACUUGUACAUAGUUGAACCUGCUUCUGAAAAUGAUGAAAAGCUUUGGAUUGUCCACAGCAUUCUAAUACGUCUGCAUGUUAACAAUAUAAGAAAGAACAUGACCCGUUGGGUAACAGGAAUAAACAGUGCCAUCGCCAUACUGAACACCCUAUUCCCUGAUUACAAUACGACAUUCCUACAUGACCACUACACCUGCCACAAUGAACGCAGGUGUUUGGAGUACGACACCCUUGCACUGUAUGCUUCCUCCGUCGCUAGAGAACUGACCAAAAUGCUGACCAGCAAACGUUUUGAUAAAUCUAUCCUAGAUGACCCUAUACCAGUUUUAUCCAGCGUCGCCAUGUACCUUCGACGCCAUAACAGAUAUCAAGACGCCGUCCCCAUCAUGGAUGCCGCUGUUAAGUUAGCGAANUAA